UCACUACAGCCCGCAUUUUCAAACAUGUCCACUAAUUUUGGGCUGCCCAACAUGAGGCAGCUGGGGUCUGAUUUGCUGAAGUGCUAAGCACCCCGAACGUCAGCAGGAGCCGCAGUUACUCGGCACGCUGGGAAUCAGGCCAUUGGUGUCUCAAGCUGGGCACCCAAAAUCUCAGGCCACUUUUGAAUAUACAGAUUUAUACUCAAUUUUCACCAUAUACUGUAACCUGCCUACUAUACUAAACGCUCUAGGGGAGAUACCUGUGAUUCAUUAUAACAAGAGGUUUGGUAGUAGCUGUGCUGAGCAAUCUGCAGAUACAUCCCUCUUUUUUCUUUUCUUUUCUUUUCUAAGCUGAGUUGAGUGCUGCUGAAAGAAUCCAGGUUGGCAGCCCCGAAUCCAUAGCAACGUGCAAACAGGUGUCAGCUGAUGCUGGUCAGAAAAAUUCAAAUGAAACUUUUUUUUUUUUUAAAUCAGCAUUUGCUGUUUCAUCAAAAUGUUCCAUGGACGUGGAACGAUUUCGACUAAGUUUCGACACAUCCCUGCUUUCUCACCUGGCUUCUCGGCAACCUGCCUCGGGGAACCUAGGCUGUGACUAUGGGGCAGCCCACGGGGUGGACUGCCUUGGGCUCAGGAUCUUUCAAGAUCUGCAUUCCACGAGGUGGUCGGGAUUGGAAGAAGGACCCCCAGGCUCCAAGACAGCCCACCAGGUGAAACAUGGGACAGUUUCUACGGAACUCUAGGUGACUUCUUGACAUCCUGGUUACCAUGACACUCAGCAGAGGACUGUGGGAAUAAAGUGGGAAUCCCUCCCCGCCCUCAAAAAACCACCUAAUGGCCUCAACUGGGGCUCACCUGGUAUGCUAACGUCAUGGGGAGCUGCUACAGCUACCUGUGCAGAGACAGUGUCCCAGACAACCACCCCACCAAGUUUAAGGUAACAAAUGUGGAUGAUGAGGGUAACGCGCUGGGAUCUGGGAUUAUGGAGCUAACGCAGAUGGAGCUCAUCUUGCACACACACAAGCGCGAUGCUGUCAGGUGGCCGUACCUUUGCCUGCGCCGCUAUGGCUAUGACUCCAACCUCUUCUCCUUCGAGAGCGGACGCCGCUGCCAGACCGGACAAGGGAUAUUUGCCUUCAAGUGUUCAAGGGCGGAGGAGAUCUUUAACCUGCUGCAGGACCUGAUGCAGUGUAAUAGUAUCAAUGUGGUGGAGGAGCCAGUCAUCAUGACUAGGGGCAAUCACUCCACUGAGCUGGAGCUAUCCCGGACACCCCAGACAACCAACGCUCUGGGAUACACUGUUCCAGGGUUCCCCAAUGGAUUCCACAGCUUCCCUGGGGAAGCCCCAUCCUACUCCACGGCCCGACACCCUUCCAUGAACAGCUUGAGACACUCCUCCAUUGGGGAGGACUCCACACAUGCCCUCAUUGGGCCGGAUGAACAGUCCCACACCUAUGUGAACACAACCAGUGGCGAGGAGGAGAUGAGGGGCCGGCACUGCAUGCACUCGCUGCCUGAAGUCCACCCUCCUUUUCUGCACGGGAACCACAGCUGCUCUCUGGAGGACCGAAACCCCCAGGUCUUCCUGCAGCCGGGGGAGGUGAAGUUUGUGCUGGGCCCUGCCCCAGUUCACAGGCACAUGGUGAAACGUGACAGCUCCUGCCGUUACUAUCGGGAGUGCGGGGGGCACAUCUGCGGCCCUAACAACAACAACGAGUGCCAGGAUGAGUGCCUCGUGCCCAGGUGCGUAUAUGAGAAUGUGAAUGGCCUGCUGCCUGCUGGGGGCGCAUCUCUUCGGCGUGGCGGGCGCUUGAAACUCACCCGGGAGGACCUGGGCUUAAACAGCUGCUCUCACCGCAGGACACCCCUGCUGCACUACGAGAACCUGCCUUCCUUGCCUCCUGUGUGGGAGUGCCAGCCGCUGCGGCAGGACGAGGACUCUGGGGACACGCUGACUCCUUCUCCGAAUGGCUACCCCGAGCCGGACGAAGGUGACCCCCUGCAAAACUACAUGAACUCGGAGAACACCGCACUGCACAGCGGCCUGCGUCGGGAUGACUUCUUGCAGCACCGCCACAACUGCACACCUAGUGUCUUCAGCUUCGACUUCCGCCGGCCCUGCCCGGAGCAGCAGCGGCAGCUCAACUACAUCCAGGUGGAGCUGGAGGCUGACCCCCACAAGGGGCGCCAGAGCCUCCAGGUGCCCUGCGCCCCGCUUCCUGCUGCCCACCCAGCCAGCAGGAUGGACUCCUACGCGGUCAUUGACCUUAAGAAGACAGCAGCCAUGUCCAACUUGCAGAGAGCGCUGCCCAGAGACGAUGGGACUUCAAGGAAAACUCGGCAUAACAGCACCGACUUGCCUCUUGGCCUUCAUAAACCUUGGUCUCAAGAGUCAAAGGUGCUCUCCAAAGCAUUAUAUAUCUGGCUGGUGUCACACCGCUGGACACAAGGAGCUCAGCAUCGUAAAUGGGUGAGUACCUGCCUUGGAGACCCCGCAUGUGCUAACACAAAAAGGAAUUAGCCCCCGAACUGAAUUGGCUCCAGGAUGAGGAACACAUCAUCUCUUAAAGCUUGUCCUGUGGACAGAGGGCUUCCUCUGGUAUCGUCCCUGCACUGAUCUGUUCUGUGUGGGGCUGAUAACAUGGAAAAGACCAUGUGUCCCCAGGAGGCUUUCGGCUUGAGGAGAUUUUCUUUAGGUUUUUGAGUGGCUUAACUUUUUAAGUGUUUUUUCUUUGGGUUUUGAAGUUAGGCAGGUGGACUGCCUCUCCCUCGACAUCUAUUUGUGGUUGCCAGGGAAUAGGUCUAAUCUGAAGGAGUGUGUCUAUUUUUAGCUUGUUUUAUACAGCCUAGAUGCCUACUUUUCUCUCUAGGAAUGGAGAGGAACUGUAACGCUCUUGGUCUGAAUGCUAGUAAUAGUUACCUGCCUUACAAGGGUAUUGUGAGGAUUAAUUGAUGUUUACAGAGUGGUUUGAACACGAAAAAAAUUAUACAAGUAUUUUUAUGUAAGCCACUGUGUCCACUGGAAAAAAUUCCCAGCUGUUGCUGUCUUUAUCUCCAGUGGGAAGCGGCCGUCUAAAUACCUCUAACCCUCAGAAUCUCCUCUCUCCCAUGCUGGAAGGGGAUUGUUUCUGUACCUCUCAUGCCAGAGACC